AUGGAAUCCACCUCCUGGGAAGACGCCAUGGAGCCCAUCGAGCCUCUGAGAAUGGUGCCCGUUGUUUUGAAUUCUACGCUCUCCACCGAGUAUCGCCAAGCACCGUUCCCUGUCAAGGACCCUUCCGACAACGACACAGUCUUUGGCUACCGCGGGACGCCAGAGGAUCUCAGACCUCCAGCCUAUCUCCGACUGCCAAAAGACCUUCGUGAUAAGCACGAGAGACUCAUCGAUGCUGCCUGGUCUGUGAUUAAUGGCCUACGUAUGCUACAAAAUGCACUGGAUAAUCAUCUUGUCGGUCUUUGCCCUCGAGGCAUAAGCCUUGUUCUCGAGAACCAUGUGCAUGCCCUCGAACUUCUCGACGAGAAGAAAGGAAAGACGAGUCCUGAGCCUGAGGACGGAACCUGGCCGUCCAGUAGCCCAGCCGCGAAGAUUCCAAGCCUUGCCCUUCAACUCCGCAUGAACUACCGGGCCUAUUUGCAAACGACCGCUAUCUUCGAGCGACGCAUGCAUACCGUGCUGUCUGUUGACUGGGUUCAAUAUCGCUUCAUAAGACUGGAUGUCUGUCUCACCGCGCAGCGUAUGGCACAGCACGACUUCGAGGCAUGGAGCUACUGGUGGAGACAUGAAUUUAUGAAGCACCAGAACCAGUGGCUGCCCUUUCUGCGUAGAAUGAGACUACCCAGUUGGGAACAGAGCGUGAGCGACCUCUACCGGCUCAUCCGGGAACGUGCUGAUGAUCCCGAGACUGUCAUUGCUAAUAUGAUGAAUACUGCGGAGUACCUCUUCCACGUUCCCAUUUAG